AUGCCUUCAGAGACUAUUUGCUUUUGGUCACUUUUGUCGAUAAAGGACCUGAGCUUCAUCUAUAUUUCAUCUUGGCUUUCCAAAGCCCUUGGUCCCGAACAGAGCUUACUAUUAGGCACAUCAUUUUUCGAUUACGUUCACCCUCAAGAUCAAGAUAGUGCGAAACGCGACCUCUCAGAUUUCGUCAAAAAGAAGACUUUAACCUGUUCGGUUACCAGAAAGUUUCAGGCUUCCGCGAUAGCGAUCAAUUCACCAAAACCUUUCCAACCGUCAAACUAUCCCCCUCAGUCAAUAACCGGCGAUGAGUAUAUAAUAGUGGAUGUUGGAAUGAGCGUGGAGUUGAAUAGAUUGUCGGCGCUCUUGCACAAACAUUCGUCAACCGAAUUUCACAAGGUGCAAACUCCACCAGCCACGCCACAUCUAGACAAUCAAACCCUGCACGAAAGAAGCAAUGAUGAACCGGGUCGCAUCUUUCAAAUACUAGAUAGGCAUUCGAGAAAUUUGAUUUUCACCUGGCCUAAUCCAAGCGUCAGUCGUAAAUUUUUGGAAGCCGCCAAUUACAACCAGGAUGAUUUUUCGGGGCUCCUUCGCGACGUGGCUCUGACCUCGGACAGCAAAAACAGCGGGAUGGAAAACGUGGAUUCCCAGCCAAAUUGUUUACGACCGGUCACCGACAAACGAAUAUUAUUAUUAACAUCCGGAAAAUACCGUCAGGUGGAAAGCGUGGUGAUUCCCUAUGGCAACAUCAUUUUUGCUUGCUUUCAAAUAUUACCAUCAUCAUCGUCAGUGGUCUCGAUCUCCCUGGGCGGGUCCGCGGUGUUCAAGCCAAAGGCAAAGUCUGCUCCGUGUUCGCCGGCCUCCAAUGCUGGCAUCCCAAAGAGACCAAGAUCCCCUUGUUCUUUAUCUCCCCUGCCAAAGCUAUUUCAUCCGGAUGCGUCAAAUCAUCUCGCCCUUCCUCACUACCCUUCCGAGGUUUCCGAGUUUAACGGCGAUGCCUAUCCGUCGAACAAGCGCCAACGACACCAUGUUCCCGAACCUGCCGUAUCGAACGAUCCCACGUCAAUGAGGAUUUCCUCUCCACCUCGAGAAUUGCCUACAUGUCGUGAAUAUCCACAAUACCAAUUCCAGCCAAUUUCUCAACCGCCGCAACCUAAAGAACAGAACUUUCCCUCAUUAUCUCAACAUCACGCCUAUUAUGCGCCUCACGGUCAACAGCAACCAUCGCAACCACCACCACAUUUCAUACCAAGUUAUCCUCCAGGUAAUAACAACCACUCAAGUCCACACAACCCUAUACCGCUGCUGCCACCGCCACCACCACAACAAUCUCCCUCGCAAACCGACCCCAUCCAAUCGCAAAUGUUUUCGCAGUUCGCACCGCAACAACGCAGAAGUCCUAGCGCGGUUCACGGUAAGAAAUGCGAGAGCUGCCAUACCAGCUCCAGUCCUGAAUGGAGAAGAGGACCAACCGGUCACAAGACUCUGUGCAACGCAUGCGGGUUGAGAUACUCACGCACAAUCGCGCGCGAGAAUAGAAAACGCGAACAAGCUCAGCGUGAACAAGAGCAACGUUAUCGCGAACAACGAGAACGCGAGGAGCGCGCUCGAGAAAAGGCUGAAGCCAUGAUGAUGCAAAGGACCAUUGAACCCUUCAAUCAGUACCGGCCUAGCAACAACAUGAUAACCGGUGCGAUUCCGCCGCCUCACCCUCACCACCAUCAUCGAUCGCCGCUGCUUCACCCGAACCCUUAUCAUCCAACGAAUCUACCAAUAAGCCAUCAACCUCCACAUCACCCUCAUCAUCUGGACUCACCACCACCACCCUCAAUGUAUGCGACAUCACCGAUGUCAAUUAAAAUGGAACAUUCUCAUCAAAUGCAUCCUUCGAGUUCCGCCGGUGAAAGGGGAUUUCCCGUUCACGGUUCAUCUCAACCGAUAUAUUAUGAUAGAUUGAAUGUGGGAAGUUCGGGUUUUCAAGGUGGAAAUCGAGGGGAUAGUAUUGGAGAAUCAAAUGGUCACCCGGCGAUGAACAUGUUGAACACACCUCCACCAUAUCCCAAAGCUUACUUUGGACGUGCUCAGUAG